GAAAGUCGGAAGUCGGAAAAUACAAUUCCUCGUGCCGCUCAGUAUCCAUCAGAAUUCAGAAGUGCUGCGCGUUGGUUUUCCGGCCGGACAGGAGAGGAGACUCGAUUCCGACUCCUCCCAGCGAUGCAAUGCAAUGCAAUGCCAAUGGGUGGAAAGUGGCGAACGGUCUUCCUUCCUGCCUGCCGGCCGACGCGUCAGGCUCCAGGAAGCCCAAAAAUAUCCCCACCCCACCGCCGGCCGCUUUCUCCGACCCGACCCGCCUGAGCCCAUCCUCGUUCCGGCCUGGCCCAAGUCAACCCGCCCCGCCGAGCCCCAACCGGAUUCCCCCCCUCCUCAAAGCACCGCCGGCACCGCCGCUCCACCACCAUCGACCCCAAACCAGAUCGGGUCUCCUCGAUUUCCCCUCAGAUCCCCGAUCCGAUCCCUCCCAGAUCCGCGGCGCCCAUGGACGACGACGACGUGCACGGGGACGUCUCCCCGUCGCCCACGCCCUCGCCGACCUCCUCCUCCCCGCUCCCGGUCGCCUCCGCGCUCCCCGUCGCCGACCCCGUCACGGUCGCCUCCGCCCCGCCCGGCGGCGGCCUCAUGACGCUCGCGCUCCCGAUCCAGAAGCACGGGGUCUAUCCCAGCCACGGCGGCGGCGGCGGCGGCGGCGGUGGGAGGGAGGACGCGUGGAGCGAGGGCGCCACCUCCGCGCUCAUCGACGCAUGGGGGGAGCGCUUCGUCGCGCUCGGCCGCGGCAGCCUCCGCCACCCCCAGUGGCAGGAGGUCGCCGACUCCGUCUCCGCCCGCGAGAGCUACUCCAAGGCCGCCAAGUCCGACAUCCAGUGCAAGAACCGCAUCGACACGCUCAAGAAGAAGUACAAGAUCGAGAGGGCCAAGCCGGUCUCGUCCUGGCAGUUCUACGACCGACUCGACGUGCUCCUUGCGCCCACCUACAACCAGAAGCCAUCCGCCCAUCCUAACGGAAGGAACCCGGUGCCCACAGCGCUGCGUGCCGGCUUUCCCAAGCGCAGCCGCACGCCCCUUAUGCCCGCGGCGGCGCCUGUCAAGCAGAGGGCGCCGUCUCCGGAGCCGUCAGCGUCGUCCGAGUCUUCGGAUGGGUUCCCGCCAGAGCCGGUGCUCCCGGUGGCGAACGGGAAGAGGAGGAGGACAGACGAAGGUCGUGGGGACGGCAGCAGCGGCAAUGACCGCGUGCAGGGCCUGCGGGAGCUAGCGCAGGCGAUACGGCGCUUCGGCGAGGCAUAUGAACGCAUGGAGACAGCGAAGCUGGAGCAGGCUACGGAGAUGGAACGCCGGCGCCUGGACUUUGCGCGUGAGCUGGAAUCGCAGCGUGUACAGUUCUUCCUCAACACGCAGAGGGAGCUGUCGCAGGCCAAGAAGCACAACUCUCUGGCUGCCGCGGCUUCCCUGGCUGGUGCCACCAUUGUUGGUGGUUCAUCUAGGAGAAUCGCAUCGAUUCCAGAUCCCACCAGUAGGAGAAAGACAUCGGUUCCUACUGUCAGGACGAGCAGCAAUCACCAUGGCCGCUACCACAUUAGCGAGUCUAGCAGGCACCAACAUCAUCAGCAUCGCCCUGCCCCACGGCCACAUUAUCAAUACCAUGACAAUAAUUUUGCUGCUUCUGCAGCUGCCAAUGAUGGUGAGCAGAGCGAUGAUGAAGAGGAGGAGGACGAGGGCGAUGAAGAAGAGAGCCAGUGAUGCACUGAAUAAGAAACCAUGGCGCUGGUGGCUCAUUGUGGUCAUUGAAGAAUUUGUAUUGGUAUUGCCCUAGAGUUGAGCAACCUAUCUUAUAUCGAAUGCAAGCAGAAACUAUGUCUAGGCAGUACAUUAUCGGCAACUGUUUAUCUAAGUGAGCAGUAGGAGUAUUAUUAAUUAGUAGGCGUAGUUAUGAUAAGCUCACUCUACCUGUACCAUGUGUUAGCCACAUACUUUCAUGUUUCUUUCUGCCCGUUACAAGAACCUUUCUCUGAUCUGAUCUCAUUUGUGCCAAGAAUUGUGAAAUCUUUCCUAAAGGUUGUGACAUGUAAGGCUGUGCCAGUGCUUGCAGUCUGUGUUAAAGCAUCAGCACCCUGAA